ACCGUCGCUCGACCUCCAGCCACCGAUUGGAGCCGAGGCGGACAGGUCCCGCUUUUCCCCCUGUCCCUACCAUCCCUCUCCUCCUCCCGCCGUCGUGACACCGGCUGUCUCUGGCAGCCCCUUGGUCAUGAAAACCCUCACGUUGGCAGCAAGUGUUCUCUUCAGCAUCCUUCUCAUCCAGGGGUUGGGGGCAGCGCCUCCCGGGCGUCCCGAGGGGCAUCCUCCUCCUCCUCCUUCUCUCGGCUCUGAGCAUAAAGAGCAGGUAGUUGAGGCCGCAGUGUCUGGCCCAAAGGAUGACAGUAUCCCAGAGGUCCGAGCCGCUCGGAAUUCCGAGUCGCAGGACCCGGGAGAGCUCUUCCAGGGCGUGGAUCCCCGGGCGCUGGCCGCGGUGCUGUUGCAAGCGUUGGACCGCCCGGCCUCACCCCCGGCGGUCCCCGGAGGUUCCCAGCAGGAAGACGCAGCAGAAGCUCUGCUGACCGAGACCGUGCGCAGCCAGACGCACAGUCUCCCGGCACCGGAGACCCAAGCGCCCGCUGCGGCCCAGCCUCGCCCUCAGACUCAGGACAACGAUCCGGAGGCCGGGGGCCGCUCAGAGGAGCUAGAGGCGCUAGCAUCGCUGCUGCAAGAACUUCGAGAUUUCAGUCCGAGUAAUGCUAAACGCCAGCAAGAGACGGCGGCGGCGGAGACCGAAACACGCACGCACACGCUGACACGAGUCAAUCUGGAGAGCCCCGGGCCGGAGCGCGUGUGGCGCGCUUCCUGGGGAGAGUUCCAGGCGCGCGUCCCGGAGCGCGCUCCUCUGCCACCCCCUGUCCCUUCGCAAUUUCAGGAGCGUAUACCCGAGAGCGCUCCCCUUCCCGAAACCCAUCAAUUCGGGGAUGGAGUAUCCUCCCCUAAAACACGUCUAGGGGAGACUUUGGCACCCCUAGCCAAGGCGUACCCAGGCCUGGGCGCUCCCUUCCCUAAGGCGCGCCGGCCGGAGGGCUCACUCCUGGGCGGCUCCGAGGCAGGGGAGCGUCUGCUCCAGCAAGGGCUGGCACAGGUAGAGGCGGGGAGGCGACAGGCGGAGGCCACCAGGCAGGCCGCCGCGCAAGAGGAGCGCCUGGCCGAUCUUGCCUCUGACCUGCUGCUACAGUAUCUGCUGCAGGGCGGAGCCCGGCAGCGCGAUCUCGGGGGUCGGGGGCUGCAGGAGACGCCGCAGGAGCGAGAGAGCGAGAGGGAGGAGGCGGAGCAGGAGAGACGUGGAGGCGGGGAGGAACCGGUGGGGGGGGAAGAGGAUGAGGAGGCGGCGGAGGCGGAGGCAGAAGCGGAGGAGGCGGAGAGGGCGCGGCAGAACGCACUCCUGUUCGCGGAGGAGGAGGAAGACGGGGAAGCCGGCGCCGAGGACAAGCGCUCCCAGGAGGAGACGCCAGGCCAUCGGAGGAAGGAUGCUGAGGGUGCACAGGAGGGCGGGGAGGAGGAUGAUGAUGAGGAGAUGGACCCGCAGACCAUCGAUAGCCUUAUUGAACUGUCCACCAAACUCCACCUGCCAGCCGACGACGUGGUCAGCAUCAUUGAAGAGGUGGAGGAGAAACGGAAGCGGAAGAAGAACGCCCCUCCCGAGCCGGUGCCACCUCCCCGGGCCGCCCCAGUCCCCACCCACGUCCGCUCCCCUCAGCCCCCACCUCCCGUCCCCGCCCCGGCUCGGGAGGAACUGCCGGACUGGAACGAAGUGCUCCCACCCUGGGAUCGGGAGGAGGACGAGGUGUUCCCCCCGGGGCCCUACCACCCCUUUCCCAACUACAUUCGGCCGCGGACACUGCAGCCCCCUGCAUCCUCCCGCCGCCGUCACUUCCAUCACGCUCUGUCACCUUCGCGCCACUAUCCCGACUUGGAGGCCCAGGCCAGGCGUGCGCAGGAGGAGGCGGACGCGGAGGAGCGCAAGCUGCAGGAGCAGGAGGAGCUGGAGAAUUACAUCGAGCACGUGCUGCUCCGGCGCCCGUGACCCACCCAGGCCCCGCCCCACGCGCGCCCUCCCCACCCCCAGCCGCGCGCGCGUCACGCCCCCCUCCGUGUCGCUCCUCCUCCUCCUCCUCC